AAAGAUUUCAAGGGUAUGGUUCAACUCAUCGCUCUUUGAUGAACCCUAAACCUGAAGGCGAACACAAAUAAAUUGUUGAGAUACCUUGUUGCAAACAAGUACGCCGCCAUGUCACAUAAAGUCUUUGUUUCAUAUCCGCGUUCCAUAACAUAUCUUAAUUGCCCAGGCAAUAUAUGAUAUCCAAAUGACAAGACUUCGGUAGGCUACUGGGAUUCUGUACAGCAUUCGAUGACAACUUUAAUUCAUGACUGCAACUUCAAUGCACGACACCAGUCAUUUCCGACGAGGAAUGAGUGGACGAUCUAGGACGUCCACCACGCUACACUCCACGUCUCCUGUCUCCAUUGUCGUCAUCCCUAGCUCCUCAUCUGACUCCGGCUACAAAGCUUCCUCUGAGUUGUCUGAAGAUCCUUCUUCUAACUCUCAUGCCCGCCGACCGGCUCACCGGCCCUGUAUUGUUCCACCCAUGCGACCCGUCCGCAAGGGGUUGCCGCCCGUCAACCGCAGACUACAACCCAUACCACGCCAGCCAUGCUCAUACCCCCAUCACGCUUUUAAGAAGGGUUACCAGUCGGCCCUUCAACGGCAUGCACUAACGAGACGGGUCGGCGAAGGGCUUGCGAGACGCGCCGGAGCCUGGCCAGGACACCGCAACUGGCACUCAUAUUUAUCUUCACCGGCGUCAUCGACGGGUCGCUCAGUGCUCUCGUCUGUCUCUUCGAGGACGAGCUCCGUCGCCGGCUUCAGCGCGCAUCUGCCUCGUCUUCUGCGGAACAGGCCAAGACGCCGGGUCAUCAGGCCGAUGGAGCCGGCUGCCUGGACCAGCCUGGAGUCGACGGAGCCGCUGCCGGGACGUGGAGGGAGCUGGGGUCCCGAGGACUUUUCGACGCGGUGCUGAAGUGAACAAGCAGAGAUCCACCUCAGCGCGAGUAUCUUGAGUAAGUACCGAGGUAUGGCCUCGGAGGUAGGCACAGCUUGUGGACACAAGAUGAUGAACGCGUGUGCCCCUUACUAUGACC